CUCACUAGCAAAUAAAAGAAGAAUACCAUCAAAUUAAUAAACUAGUACACAAAAAAGUCUGUCAGAAAACCAACUGUCACAUAACACAACAAAACAAAUAAUCACCAUCCUAUCAUUUCAUGUCUACAAAACGUACCUCUCUAAAUUCUAUCAACUAAAGUUACACAUUCCAUAAACAUAAAAUGAGGAGUGUGUGUGUUUGUGACAUGUUGGCAUGUCUUUUGGUGGUCAUAUUGAAAUGUUGCCUAGUUGGUAGUGAAGUGGUGACAUGUUCUGGAAUAGUACCAAUGGUAUAUAGGAAUGAUAAAAUAUCGAUAACGGAUUUUGGUGGAGUAGGCGACGGAAGAAGGUUGAAUACGAAAGCGUUCAAUGAGGCGAUUUAUAGGAUUCAGCAUUUGAGAAGGAGAGGAGGGACAUUGUUGUAUAUACCUCCUGGUGUUUAUCUAACUGAGGCUUUUAAUCUUACUAGCCGUAUGACUUUGUACUUGGCUAAAGGUGCUGUCAUUAAAGCCACUCAGAACACUGCAAACUGGCCUUUGAUAGCUCCCCUGCCUUCUUAUGGAAGAGGGCGAGAACGUCCUGGAGGAAGAUAUAUGAGUUUCAUCCAUGGAGAAGGUCUCCAUGAUGUAAUUAUUACCGGCGAGAAUGGGACAAUUGACGGACAAGGUGGAGUUUGGUGGAACAUGUGGAGGCAGAGGACCUUGCAAUUCACUAGGCCAAACCUUGUUGAGCUCAAGGACUCGAGAAACAUCAUCAUCUCUAAUGUGAUUUUCAAAAACUCCCCAUUUUGGAAUAUCCAUCCUGUAUACUGCAGCUAUGUUGUUAUUCGGUAUGUCACGAUAUUGGCUCCACAUGACUCUCCUAACACUGAUGGAAUUGAUCCAGACUCAAGCUCCCAUGUUUGCAUAGAAGACUCUUAUAUCUCCACAGGAGACGAUCUAGUGGCAGUGAAAAGUGGCUGGGAUGAAUACGGGAUUGCAUAUGGUCGACCUAGCAAUGGCAUCACUAUCCGCCGGAUCACAGGAUCCUCACCGUUUGCAGGAAUUGCAGUUGGAAGUGAAACAUCAGGAGGGGUGUAUAAUGUAUUGGUAGAGCAUAUAACUCUUAAAAACAUGGGAGUUGGAAUCCAUUUAAAAACAAACAUCGGUAGGGGGGGAGUCGUAAGAAACAUCAGUGUGUCCGAUGUUUACAUGGUGAAUGUUCGUAAGGGAAUCAAGAUUGCCGGUGAUGUGGGUGACCAUCCAGACGGAAACUACAACCCGAAUGCCCUUCCCGUCCUAAAGCAUGUGAGGAUAACAAACGUGAGAGGCAGAAAGGUCCAGCAGGCCGGUCUAAUACAGGGUCUGAAAAACUCACCAUUUACGGAUAUUUGUCUCUCUAACAUCAAUCUUCACGUCACUACCGGUUCAAAAUACACCCCGUGGAAAUGCUCUGAUGUAAGUGGAGGUGCCAUUGAGGUUCGACCCCCACCCUGUUCAGAUCUUAUUGGCACCAAGGGUACAUGUUCCCAUCAUUUCUGAAUCUUUAACUAGUUCAGUUGUGUACUGUUAUUGUAUUUCUGUAUAUGCACUAAAGUUAUAGGACAUCAGAACUCAUACCUCAUAGUAAGAUCAAGUCAUACCCAUGAUAAAUGAAAUGCCACAUCACCUUUUAUGUGAGGCAUCACAAGAAUCGCA